UUGUCUCUCUUUGGCGCGGGCCCGACGUUCAUCUGGGCCUGUUGCCAGUAACCCGCUUACCCCCGGGCGUCUGCACGCCGGCUUCGCCGCUAUUCAUUCGCGGCUGGCCGGGUGCUGGUAAUUCGUUAUCUUUGCCCGGGGGCGAGCUCUCCUCUGACCAUGCGGUCCGUGGCCUGCCUUUGUGCAGGCCGUUGCCGUAUUUGUCGUUGUCGUUUUCUCUGCUUGAGUACCAACACCAUGGUCGUGACCUAACGAACGCGGCGUCUUUUGUUUCUGUGCUGUGUUUGUGUGCGCUCGUUGCGAAAAAGCAUCACGCGCAGCGAGCUGGAGAGCAAAAGUGAGCGAAAGCAGGAGCUUCAGCAGGCGAGCAACUUGAACAGCUGCGCUUGCAGCCAGCAGUGGAGCGGCGUCUUCCGCAGCUGCGCGAACUGAGAGACCGGCUCGUAAGAUGAAAAGGCUCGAGCGCGGGCAUUUUGGCAGCGAGACGGCUUUGAGAGUGAGAGGGCCGGCUGGUAAGAUGUGCAACCAGCCAUGGCGGCUCGCCGGGUCGCGCGUGUGGAGCGAAAGAGGAGCAGGGAAGACACGAACAAAAAUAGCUUCUCAAAAUAAAGACAGGAUGACGCGCAGGUCCACGGUUUUCGUGUUCGUUUGCACUCCAGGUUCACAUUGUGGUUGCCACAGUUUUCUCGCAGCGGUUUGCUUGUCGUCACCGUUCGGGGAGGAGCCUCUCGGGAACAAAUGAACGAAAAUCCCGAUAAAGCAGCUAGAAGUAGAAGUGACCACACAGCAGACACGAAUAAGAACAGAACUUGCUACCUGCACGAGCUGACGCUAGUCACGGUGAACAAAAACAAUCUGAUUGGCGGUGACUCACCGCCAAUCAGAUUGUUUUUGUUCAGUUUGUCAGACAUAAAUGCGACUUGUGUGGUGGGUAUGGAGCCAAGAGGUAGAGGAAAUAGCGAGAAAAUAAGUUUAGUUGAAUUUCUUGAAUUUCUAAAAUUAAAUCGAAGUCGAAGUGUAAAGCUGAAGUGUAAAAGCUGCAGUGAUGAUUCGAAGGAAGCGCAGGAUAAUGUCCUACUGUAGGGAGUUUUUUUUUUCAAGCGGC